AUACCUCAGUGUGUCCGGCGUACAUCAUGGGAGAUGGGAAUAUAGCAAGGACAAUGGUCUCUUUGUCCAGGACUCCCUCAUCAAGUACUGCAUGGUGCUGCCUGAUACUCACUCUCAUGCGAGUUUCAUUCCAAUUGUGCGUACAUUCUCUCAAUAGUGUCCUUUUGGCACAAUCACCACACAAUAAUGUACCAUGUUACAACAGAAGACUCUUAUCUACUGACAUUAUAUAUACUACUCUGAGACUGGACCAGUGGAAAUUGCUGUGACGUUCUCUAGUGCUGUCUGUAACAAAACCACUACCUUGUUGAAGGAGUGUUGACUAGUGUGUACCUGAGGUCGAGGACACUAGUCAUUGAGAGCAGAGACUCGUAUACUGCUAGUCCUGAGAACUACGCUAUUAUCAUAGCCACACCUACUAAAGUGGUGAAUAUGGCAACGGUGGAAUACAAUGUAGUAGAAGUGAGCCCAGGCAGUAAAGUUGGUUGAGACCACAUCCAACACCAUCAUUGAUGAGAAAAAUUACACCAUCACGUGUCCUACCUCUACAAAAAAAACCUAUUGCCACACCUACUGAACCAGAGAGUGUGGAGGAGAGGAGGUGUGAUCCACCAGAGACCCCAGCACCAGCAGCACCAGUACUCGUCUUGAUGUCAUCCCUCCUCUCUAUGAUGACCUCGAUACCCUCUCUAGAGAGAAGGAGAAGCCACCUUCACUGCCAAUGUAUCAUGUGUUGGAAGGACCUAGCUACUCCUAUUGAGUCGGCACCAGACACACAAGGGACUGAGACUUCAGCUCCAGCCAUUGAUAUCCCUGUAUAUUCUGUUGUCAACAAGACUAGAACAGAGCUUCGAAGCCCAUCUCUGAGGACAAGGAGGAGAGUUCUCCAAUCAACAAUGAACCUCAGCAAGAUGCAGAAAGGGACACUUUCUUCAAUAACGUGUAAUUGUAGCAGGUCAGUAUUAUACCAUAGUUACAGGUCAAGACUCAUUUUAGAACUAUAGACUCAGUGAAUCAUCAUAAUCAUCAUUGUAUAUAGCACUCAUUUGAUUUUUACUCCUCAUUUUUUUCACUAGCCAUUUCAUAUUUGUGUAUCACUUUCAGCCUAAGCAAGCUGGUCCUGAUACAUGGUUGUUGUGGCUUUG